GGAGACGCACGCGUUUCGGGAAGCCCCGCCCCUUUGCGUGAGGGGACCCAGCGGCUCGCCCGGCCCUCAAAGUAGAGGAGGGAGUGAAAAGAAGGUCGCAACUGGGCGUAGAGAGGAGGACUCUUUGUUUUCUUUGCUUCCCACCCUCUCCACGAUUAGGCUUCAUUUUUAGUUUCCCGCAGAGCCCCUGAACGCUUACCUCUGUCAGCAUGUACCGCUAUCUUGGCGAGCUGCUCACCCGAGGAGCCGGUAGCGCUUUGGCCUCGGCCUCCGCCGCCGACUCCGCCGCGCUGCCCGCUUCCGCGUCCUCCUGGACCUGUCUGCCGCGGCUCCGCCGCUACAGCGAGGCGGUCACCGACAAGGAGGACGACCCCAACUUUUUCAAGAUGGUCGAAGGCUUCUUCGACCGCGGCGCUGCCAUCGUGGAGGACAAGCUGGUGGCGGACUUGAAGAACCGCGAGUCGCCGGAGCAGAAGCGCCACCGGGUGCGAGGAAUCCUGAAGAUCAUCAAGCCGUGUAAUCACGUCCUGAGCGUCUCCUUCCCCAUCAAGAGGGACAACGGCGAAUGGGAGGUGAUCGAGGGCUACCGGGCGCAGCACAGCCAGCACCGCACGCCCUGCAAAGGAGGUAUCCGGUACAGCACUGAAGUGUCUGUAGAUGAGGUCAAGGCUCUGGCAUCUCUGAUGACCUACAAGUGUGCUGUUGUGGAUGUGCCAUUUGGAGGUGCCAAAGCUGGAGUGAAAAUUAAUCCAAGAAAUUAUUCUGACAGCGAGUUGGAAAAAAUCACACGAAGGUUCACCAUUGAGCUGGCAAAGAAAGGCUUCAUCGGCCCUGGCAUCGACGUCCCUGCGCCGGACAUGAGCACUGGAGAGCGGGAGAUGUCCUGGAUCGCUGACACGUAUGCCAACACUAUGGGCCACCAUGACAUCAAUGCGCACGCUUGUGUGACAGGGAAGCCCAUCAGCCAGGGGGGUAUCCAUGGUAGGAUCUCAGCCACUGGCCGUGGGGUCUUCCAUGGCAUUGAGAACUUCAUCAAUGAGGCAUCCUACAUGAGCCUGCUGGGCCUCACUCCUGGAUUUGUGGACAAGACCUUCAUCAUCCAGGGUUUUGGUAAUGUGGGUUUGCACUCCAUGCGUUACCUGCAUCGUUUCGGUGCUAAGUGUAUUGGAGUUGGGGAAAUGGAUGGAAACAUCUGGAACCCCAGUGGCAUUGACCCCAAGGAACUGGAGGACUACAAGUUGCAACAUGGCACCAUCGUGGGCUUUCCCAAUGCCGAGCCAUAUGAGGGCAACAUCCUGGAGGCUGACUGCCACAUUCUAAUCCCUGCAGCCAGUGAGAAACAGCUGACAAAGAAGAAUGCACACAACAUCAAAGCCAAGAUCAUUGCUGAAGGUGCCAAUGGCCCCACGACCCCAGAAGCUGACAAGAUCUUCCUGGAGAGGAACAUCAUGGUCAUCCCGGAUUUGUACCUGAAUGCAGGCGGUGUGACAGUCUCCUACUUCGAGUGGCUCAAGAACCUGAACCAUGUCAGCUAUGGUCGACUCACAUUCAAGUAUGAGAGGGACUCCAACUACCACCUGCUGAUGUCCGUCCAGGAGAGCUUGGAGAGGAAGUUUGGAAAGCACGGCGGGGCCAUUCCUGUGGUUCCCACUGCGGAGUUCCAGGCCAGGAUUGCUGGUGCCUCAGAGAAGGAUAUUGUCCAUUCUGGCCUGGCCUACACUAUGGAGAGGUCUGCAAGGCAAAUCAUGCGGGCAGCAAACAAGUAUAACCUGGGGCUGGACCUGCGGACAGCUGCCUAUGUCAACGCCAUUGAGAAGGUCUUCAAGGUGUACAAUGAGGCUGGCUUAACCUUCACAUAGACGUGGCCUUCGUCAUCCUGUCUCUCCGUCCAGCUGUCUAUGCAUACCCGCUGCUCAUCCCGAUGCAGCCUUGAUAACAUCGGGCGUCUUCAUAUUAUGCACCCCGAGCUCUGUAUGGUAUACCGUGUAACUGACUUUCUGCCUCUCAAGCUCCUAGACAGUGAAGGAAUUCAACAGGAUUUCUCUGCUUCCAUAUCUGUUUUUACUCUAAGCCUCAGGCCAAAUGUCUUCACUGUGACUCUGAGCUCCUCUGGCUUCCAUUCAUUUAUUUUUUCUGUUGCCAUAUAGUUUUUCCUGUCUUCAGUACAUUUCAGACUAUAAAACUGUAUCUCCGUUGCUGUAAAUGCCAAAAAUUUUAAUCCAUGACUCUGGCCGCUUAGCCCUCCCCAUGUGGGGCGAACCAGCUGGAAGCAUGUCUUUUAUACACCUAAUCUUUAAAAAAAAAAAAAAAAAAAAAAAAAA